AGUGAAUGCGGGGUCCGGGGAGAUCAGAUAUAGUGAAUGCAGGGUCCUGGGAGACCAGAUAUAGUGAAUGCAGGGUCCUGGGAGACCAGAUAUAGUGAAUGCAGGGUCCAGGGAGACCAGUUAUAGUGAAUGCAGGGUCCUGGGAGACCAGAUAUAGUGAAUGCAGGGUCCGGUGAUACCAGAUAUAGUGAAUGCAGGGUCCGGCGAGACCAGAGAUAGUGAUUUGAUGAAUGUAGUGAAGCUCUGCUCUCUUGGAUGCUGGAUCAUCCAAUCAUGUGCA